AUGUCUGGUUUUUCCACUGCCAUUGGUGGUGGCCUCCGUCUUAAGCGGCGGAGCGAGGCGGUUGUGUCUGGGGAGGGCAAAAGAAGGAAGCGAAAGAAGAAGCCACGGCAAGAAGACGAAGAAGAUACUGGACCUGUUGUUGUUGAUCUGCCACCAGAGCUAAAGCAAGAUGCAGCAGCAGUAGCUGCUGCUGCAUCACUUCAGAUUCAGCACAACUUAACAGAACAAGGUGUAACGGAAGGCUCUGGGCGAGAUCCACAUUCACCCCAAACGGGAGAUGAAGCGGGAGAUGAAGAGGGAGGCGGAGCAGUAGUGGAAUCGAGUGAAUGCAAGGAAAAGCAGGGAACAGAAAACACAGGAAAGAACCGACGGUUUGAAGCUCCUAUUCCGACGGAAACAGGAGAGAGCAUCGAGGCUUUGUUAGCAGAAACGAACCCCCACUGGACCGCCGCGGAGAGGGCUUUCUUCCUUGCAAGAAAGGCGAGGGAGAAGGAACGCAUCAAGAAGCAGCUACAGUUGACUCACCGACAAAGAAUGGAAAAGUUCAACCAGCAUCUUGCCUCGCUUUCUGAACAUUUCGACCAGCCGCGUGUCGGUCCUGGCUAA